AUGAUUCGAAAGCAAGCACGUCAACGGCGAGACUACCUUUACAGGCGGGCGCUCCUACUACGAGAUGCCGAGAUCAGCGAAAAGCGAGCCAAGCUGAGGGCAUCCCUGGCCUCGGGGAAGCCGCUGGACCCAGAGAUUGCUAACGACAAGGCCCUAAGGAAGGACUUUCAGUACGACGAGUCGGUGGACAAGGACACAAACGAGCAGCUGGACAUCGACGACGAGUAUGCACAACUGUCGGGGGUCGUGGACCCGCGUGUGCUAGUGACGACGUCGCGCGAUCCAUCCUCGAGACUGGCGUCGUUUGCCAAGGAGAUCAGGCUACUGCUGCCGACGGCUGUGCGGCUGAACCGUGGAAACCUCAUCCUGCCCGACCUGGUGCGGUCUGCGCAGGCCGCGGGACUGUCAGACGUUAUCCUGCUUCACGAACACCGCGGAACGCCAACCGGAUUGACGCUGUCUCACUUCCCCCACGGCCCGACGGCAUGCUUCACCCUGUCCAACGUGGUCCUCCGCCACGAUAUCCCGGGGAGCGUGCGCGGCACUGUCAGCGAGUCGUACCCUCACCUUAUCUUUGACGGCUUCUCCACCAAGCUGGGCCAGCGCGUGGUCAAGAUCCUCAAGCACAUCUUCCCGCCGCGUGAGGCCAUCACCAGUAAGAACAAGAUUGGCAGCCGCGUCGUCACCUUCAAGAACAUCGACGACAAUAUCGAGGUGCGGCACCACGUCUUUGUGCGUACCGGCUACGACAGCGUAGAGCUGGCCGAGGUCGGCCCCCGCAUGACGAUGCGCAUGUUUGAGCUGCGCGCCGGUACCCUCGAGAACAAGGAUGGCGACGUAGAGUGGCACCUCACCCAGUACACGCGCACGGCCAGGAAGAAGAACUACCUCUGA